AUGAAACAGGAACAAGCACAGCACCCCCCGCAGAUCCACAGGCAAAUCAGGUUCCUAGAGAGCAGCAGCAGCAGCGGCAGCGGCGGGGUGAUACACAUCUGGAGCAGCUGGACUGUCCGUUAACCCGCCUGCUGCACACCCUGACCAGGUCUGCCCACUCCUGAUCCCGGGCUGAUAGCAGGGCUGAUAGCGGAUCGUACCCGGAGGAGAGAUGAGGGAGACGGGGCUGCUGGUCUGCCUGCUCGCCUCCUGCCUGCUGGCCGCGGUUGUUCUCUCCCACAGACCGGUCAUCAUAGUGCACGGGCUCUUCGACAGCUCCUCCGACUUCAUCACCCUCAGCCGCUUCAUCAACCAGUCUCAUCCAGGGACGAACGUGACGGUUAUAGAUCUGUUUGACCGCAGUGCCAGCCUACAGCCGCUAUGGAAGCAGGUGGAGGGCUUCAAGGAGGCCAUCUAUCCCAUAAUGCAAAACGCGGCCGAUGGAGUGCACCUGAUCUGCUACUCUCAAGGAGGACUGGUGUGUAGAGGAAUCCUGUCCACUCUUCCCGACCACAACGUUCACUCCUUCAUCUCACUCUCCUCACCUCAGGCUGGACAAUACGGAGACACGGAUUAUCUGAAGUACCUCUUCCCCACGUUCCUCAAGUCCAACCUUUAUCUAAUCUGCUACACUGCUGUGGGCCAGAGAGUCUCCAUCUGCAACUACUGGAACGAUCCUCACCACAGAGACCUGUACCUGAACAGCAGCGACUAUUUGGCUUUACUGAACAACGAGAGGCCAAAUCCCAACUGCACAGAUUGGAAAGAGAACUUCCUGCGCAUCAAAAAGCUUGUUCUGAUUGGUGGGCCGGAUGAUGGUGUCAUCACUCCGUGGCAGUCGAGUCAGUUUGGUUUCUAUGAUGAUAAUGAAACGGUGGUGGAGAUGAAGAACCAGGAUGUGUUCCUGAGGGACUCGUUUGGGUUGAAGACUCUGUACAGUAGAGGAGAUCUGGUGAUGUGUUCAGUUCCGGGUGUGGAGCAUGUGUACUGGCACUCCAACGAAACCGUCUACAAGACCUGCAUCGAGAAGUGGUUGACAUAGAAAUGCGCAAAAAAAUGACACAGAGAAACUAUUUUUACAGAUGAGAUCAAUACCGGUCAGUUUUUUAUCAUUAACGGCGGUUUGUUACAGUACAGUGUUGCUGAUUCAGCGCAGCACUGCAGUGCUUUUAUACUCCUGCGUGAGGCCCUCUCUCUCUCUCUCUCUCUUUCUCUCACCAGCGCUUUACAUUUCUUCACUCAUGCAUGUUCAUUUUUACUGUAUUUUAUGAGGUAUAGAUAUAUAUAUAUAUAUAUAUGUAGAGAGAGAGAGAGAUGUAUAAAUGAGGCUGACUGGCUAAAGGGAGUGUCAGUCACAAGCACACCAUAGUUGUGCACAUCAGUGCCUGGAGGAUAUUUCUGUCCGUCUCUAAACACAGAACACAGUUAACCCAGAAAGGGAUGGAGAUAACGGCUGUUUUAAACAUUUUAGCACACGGUUUUAUUUCUUCUAAAAUGCGUAUUAAGCUGAUUUAACUUGUUUCCGUUUUUUUUUUAAGUAAGGUUGGUGUUCUUAAUAGAGCUGGGCAAUAUGAUAAAUAAAAACUAUUGUAUUUAGAUUUUUUUUAAAGCAGCAGUCUGUACGUUUUUCUAAUUUCGGAAAUUUGGCGACCUCUCUGGUAAGAGUGUGUAAUUGCAGCAAACAUGCAGAAAAAAUGGUUUUAAUUAACGUCUUUUAAAAUGACGAAGGAUUUAUUAGGAAAAUUACAGAAUAAAAAAAACUAAAACGCCCACCCAAACCUAACAGACAACUCAAAUGCACAAGAGGGAGUGUUUGAUUAAAAAAACACUCCUCCAGUUAAAAUAGUUCCAUUGCUGCUCUGUUUGUAGCUGCGCUGUUUGGCUUGUAAGCGCUGCAUCGUUGCUACGGUUACCUGUAUGUGGCGGAGUAAUACAGUACAUGGAGAGCUUCGGUUACAGUGCGUUACCGGCUGAUAAUGGCACUCAUAAAACGCCUCUCAGCCAAUCACAUUGCAGGGCCGGAAUUACUUUGGUAUAAUGUAUAAUAAUAUAUUGUAUACUGUGGUCGUGCCAGGACAUUGAUACCAUCAACUAUAUAAAUGUAGGUCCCUUUCAAUUUAGAGGCUUUUUAUUUAACCUACUGUAAGUAUGUAAGCAUGUUUCAUGGCAAAAAAAGCUAAAUUACCUAAAAUGAACAAAAACUCCCACCCAAAAUAACCAGACCACUCUGCUUUUAAAAUUAAUAUGUACUUAAGCAAUAAUACAGAGAGGGAGUGCUACAAGGUGUAAUAUUGGCACUGCUUUGCUGCGGUCGUAUAGCACGAACCUCGAGUGUAUUAUUGUGAUUAAUAAUACCACAGUUCUAUUAUCGCUGUUUAUUAAAAUAUUUUGAGUUAAAGAAGACGAGACAGUAUGAUCUGUUUUGUCAUUUGUUAUAACUCUACAAGUUAAAAUAGUUCCAUUGCUGCUCUGUUUGUAGCUGCGCUGUUUGGCUUGUAAGCGCUGCAUCGAUGCUAGCUUACCUGUAUGUGUCGGUGUAAUACAGUACAUGGAGUGCUUCGGUUACAGUGCAUUACCGGCUGAUAAUAGCACUCAUAAAAUACCUCUUAGCCAAUCUACAUUGUAGAUUAAUACUAAAGUAAUUAAACUACGAAGAAAGGAAAGAAAGAGCAAAAGUUUCCUCUGUUGUACAGGAGAAGGCUAUUAAAGUUACCAGCCUCUGAAACGACAAGUUAACAGCACCUCAGAUAAGAGCCACCUGAGUAUUCCUUAUGUGUUCCUUCAUAGUCUGGAUCACUUCACUAUUCAUUUACUAUGUAAUAAUAGUAUAAAUAAACAAAAAGAAAAACAUUAAAUGUGAAGGUGUAUUUAUCCCAAUACAAUAAAAUUUCAUUAAAUUGCCCAGCUCUAGUUCUUACAUGUAGAAAAUAUAGGAUCUUUUUGGCCAUAUAACAGUUUUGUAGCAGGCCUAAUCAGGCAGGCAUUCUCAAAUUCUACUUAUUUCUUCUUUAAGCCCAUAGAUUUGGGGUGAAUUGUGGUUUAUGUUAGUGCAUGUGCUUUAUAGUAACUGUUAGUUGUUGUAAGUUUCAUUGCCUUGCCUUGUUUUAUUGUAUUUUUAAAAUAGUUUAAAAUGGUACUUCCACAUUUAACAGCCAAUUCCACAAGAUAUUAAGUGCACAGGUGCAUCUCAAAACAUAGAAUAUUAUUGAACAUCAGGUUACUUUAUUUCAGUAAUUCAGUUCAAAAUGUGAAACUCAUAUAUUAUAUAGAUGUAUUAAACACAGAGUGAUCUAUUUUAAACAUUUAUUGAUGAUUAUGACUUACAGCCAAUGAAAACCCAAAAUUCAAUAUCUCAGAAAAUUAGAAUAUUAUAUAAGAUCAAUUCAUACUUUUUUGCAGUGAGGGCAGUGUGCCAAGUCCUGCUGGAAAAUGAAAUCCACAUCUCUGUAAAAGUGAUUGGUGGAAACUUCACACUAGACCUCAAGCAGCUUGGACUGUGUGUCUCUCCACUCUUCCUCCAGACUCUGAUCCCUUGAUUUAUAAAUGAAAUGUAAAAUGUACUGAUGAUCAGUGAUGGUUUGGAGAGACAUGCUGAUCAUCUGCUGGUGUUGAUCCACUGUGUUUUAUUAUCAAGUCUAAAGUCAGUGCAGUUUUGUUUUCCCACAAAAUCUUACAGCACUUCAUGCUUCCCUCUGCUGCUGACAACUUUUAUAGAGAUGAGGAUUUCAUUUUCCAGCAGGAUUUGGCACACUGCCCACACUACCAAAAGUAUGAAUUGGUCUUAAUAUAUAAUAAUCUAAUUUUCUGAGAUACUGAUUUUUGGGUUUUCAUUGGCUGUAAGCCAUAAUCAAAAUCAACAGAAAAAGAUAUAAACGCUUAAAAUAGAUCACUUUGUGUUUAAUACAUCUGUAUAAUAUAUGAGUUUCACAUUUUAAACUGAAUUACUAAAUUAAAUGAACUUUUCAUCGAUAUUGUUGGUACAAUAUGUGGUAUAUCGGAAUAAAAUAGGGUUUAUUUAGUGGACUUGCCCUUUAACUGUAUCGGAAUUUACUUCUAUCACGCAUUAGAAUGCAGAAUAAAAGAUAAGAAGGAGAUGAUAAAAGGGAUUAAAGAAGGAAUAAAGGAAUAAAUAAAGGAUUAGACUAGCAUUAACCAGGUUAGCACACCUGUACCUCUCAUUAGUAUCAUGCUGAACUCUCAGGUGUACAGUAGAUUUUGUGUGUCUUAUUUUAAUAGAUGUAGUUUUAAUAGGUUUAAUAAAUGUUUUUCCUUUUUAAUAAAAGGUUUGGAGUGAAGGGCUGUUGUUACGGAUGUUUUAUCACUGAGGAACGGCUCUGUAAAUCCAGCGGGAAUAAAAGGCACAGUUUUUAAAGGGAAAGUUUUUGAGGUCUGUUUAGAGAUAGUAGUAUAAGCUUAAAAGAAGGAAAGGGAUGAGUAUUGCACAAGGACAUACAGUCUGAUGGGGGGGGGGCGCAUAUAUAUAUAUAUAUAUAUAUAUAUAUAUAUAUAUAUAUAUAUAUAUAUAUAUAUAUAUAUAUAUAUAUAUAUAUAUAUAUGUGUGUGUGUGUAUGUAUAUGUGUAUGUUUUACUGCUAUCAGGAUAGUGUUACAUGUGUUUUAAAGCUGUUUAAAUCUGUUUUUUGCUUGUUUCUCUGUGUUUAAUCUGUAUUGAAAGGGAAUGGUUAACAUUGCCUGUGUGUGUUUAAUUUUAAAGACUUUUACUAAAUGUUAUAUUUUAUUGUUUUUUCUUCGAUCACUGUUGUCAGUCUCAUAAAGGAGGGGUUGUAUUUAUACUGUCUGAACUUUUAGUUAGUAACUCUACUGAUUUAUAAAGAUAAAUCUUAGUUAAAUCUUAGAUUAAGUCGUAUUUCGUCCAACUUCUCCACAUGUUGUUAACUUUUCAUGGCUGACUUACCAACGUGCUUUACGAUUUUUACUAGAAAAGGAAUUUUCUGUGUGAAAGGUCAGUGUAUAUUUUUGGAAAAAACUAAACUGUGGCUUGUGCAACGUUGUCAAUGCAAUUUUAUUCAAAUAAAUAAAUUACAGUUUCCGAA